CUACGAUCAUACGAACGUUGACCGACGAUCCCGUCCUAUAGGUGUCAUACCUAUACAAUAGAACAACGAAUGGAUUCGUCGACGCGCUACCGCGUAACGAACGAGGCAAAUAUAAUAAAGGGAAACGAUAACGAGCGAAUUACACGGGAGUUUAUAGGUGUACGAGUUGGUUUUGUCGUCAAUAAUCCAUCAUCUUCGAACGAUGUCGAGGAUUAUGAGGACUUGAUGCGAGAUAACGAGAAACAGAAAUAUCUUCGCCUUGACUCGUGCGGCGACAAUUAUUAUUACGAUUUCAUUAUCUGAUGCGUACAUCUUUAUCCAAACAGAGAAUGUUCAUUUAUCCCCGCAUAACCCGCGAAUGCUGUACGUGUGUUCGUAUACAUUUUUAGUUAUCUAAACUCGUGUUUAUGGAGUAUUCGCGAAACACACAAAAAUUAGAAGACUGGACGCGCAAUUUUCAGCAUGUCACAUCGAUCGACGCGUGUGUUUUUUUGCAAAUUUCACGCUUCCGAGGGUGCAGACGAAUAACCGACGUGCGAUUCGGAACAUGAAUUUUCAAAUGUUCAAAUGUUCGUAUCGGCGUUUACUUGCAAAUCCUCGCUAAUCGCAGAGUACCUAAAAUCUCUCGCAGAGCGUCUCCGUUGGACAGGGGUGUUAUGUGAGCCACGGGUUCAAUUUGCUCCCACAGGUGAUCGCCGAGUAAACCUUGCGGUCUAGAUCAUCCCGAGUGUUAUUAUCGCACGUGUAUACGAACGAGCUUACCGCUCUCACACGUACGGCUAUGUCGUACGUGUGGCGCGCUGUGGGUAUAAAAAAAAAAGGCACGAAUACACGGGCAUGCGUGGAUCCCCGCCAACCCUCCGUGCCCCGGAUCUAAAUUAAGGUAAGCCCUUUGUUUGACAAACAUUUUAGCGCCAUGGGGUAAUAAUUCGGAAAACGAAACUCCGGUUUGCUUUAUUCCGCCGAGGUGCGGCACAUUCCGCAUCGCCAUCUUCAUCAUGGCUUAAUAUUGGCUCGCAAUCAGCGUAAUUGUCUUUCGGUACAUUACGUUGGGGCUGCUGACAGGAAAUCAGGUAACCCUAUACACCCGCUGCACCCAUAUCACUUGAUACCUUUCGUGACCAUCGGUGGCGUCUAAGAACUCGGCGGGGUAAAAUUAAUUUUUCCUUCGGUAGCCGAUCCCCCGAAUCCGACCCAGCCACACGUUUCGCGCCGAGGAGACCGCGAAAAUUUCGCACCCGAGACACCGUUACACGUGUACCCGCUUCGCUCGGACGAGAGGUAUUGCGAUAAUGUGCUUCUGUAUGAGUGCAUGUGAAGAGCUGAUUUCGAAAAAUCAGAGAAAACCGAUUCUUCGCAGCUAUCUGUAUUGUAGAGAGCUUUAUCGUUGUACAUCGUAACGAUUCCGCGGUCUUGAUUUCCUAUCUAAUCCAGAUCUCUUGGCUGUAUAAUAAAUUACUUGACGUCGACAAACAAACGAUAAAAUUCAAUACCGUCAAUCCUCACACGCUAUGUUCCGUACGUACGUACGUGUAUCUAUGAGUUUAGUUUCGACGGAUGGAAACUGAUGUGAGCCGCCAUUUCUAUUUAUUAUAAUUUUUUAUCUCAUGUUACCGCACUCGAACAAUUGAUCGAUUCGUAAAUCCGAUCAUUGCUCAGUUCUCAAAACACGACCAAAUUCGAGGAAACAAAAGUGUUUCGUCGGAAAUUUUCGAGCCGGGAAGAAAUGUUAAUUAAACUACACAGCGAAGACCACAUAAUCUGAUAACGGAAAGCGAGGAAUGGUAUGUGGUAUGGGUGUUGUAAUCUUGGCUGAUACGUGAAACGUUGAAAAAUGAUAUUCAAUAAAAAUGAAUCAACCGUCGAUGUAUAUAUUUGUUAUUUCAAGUAAAACAUAAACUGCCGCGUGAGAAAUUGUCAUCGUAGCUGUUGUACGGUCGCGGUCACGUCGCGGGUAGAAAGAAGCAACAGUUGGUAGGCACCGCGGGGGGUAAAAGAGGACGGUAAAGAGCAAAUGAGGAGGGAAAUGGAAGGGCGAGGGGGAAGAGGGAUUGCGUAAAGACUCGCGCCGCCUACAGACAUGCGUGUAACUUUGGCUCGCGUGGAUUCCCCUGCUUCAAGGGAUGCAGUAAGAACGCGUCUUUUGAGUCGGACGCGCUGUUCAACUGACACCUGAGGAACUUAUUCUUUCAUCCGAUUAUCGGUCUCGGAUUCAGAAAUAGUCCUUCGAUUAAUAACUGGAAGAAGACACCAUUGCGAACAGCUGAUUUUAUUUGUCACAUGUACCGCGAAAUGUGACGAUCAAUUGAAUUUGUUCUGUACGUACGAUGAUAAAGGAGAGGAGAAUAAAAAAAAAUAAAGAAUCACAACCAAGACCCAAAGAUACGCGGAACUGAUAUUUAUUUUUUAUAGUAUACUUUUUAUCGAACGGCGAUACACAUCUACGGAUGUUUUCUUCAAUUAUAAAAACAAUUGUCACCUCCCGAUCGAUCCAUUCCGAUGGUUUAUUUUUGUUAUUGUCGACUGAUUGAGUGCGGUUGACAAAACUAGAGAUUGCAGUGAUUACAAUAAUUAAUAAUAUAUCCAGAUGCCGUUCGUCGAAAGGUUUGAAUAUUUUUAUUAAACUUAUCUCUCGCUUAACGGAGAGCCGUUACGAUGAUAACCAUGUAAACAUUUAUGGAUCAUCGUGUUUGUUACCGAUCGUCACACAACAGAUAUACGACUCGGACAGUCAAUACGAACUUUGGGACUCGUGUGAGGUAUACUUUGAUUAUUCGGACUGCUUUCCUCUUAUAAACCAACCAUCGUCAUCGGAAAUUCGAAGGAAAUUUUCAUUAACGAAACACCAUUUUCGGCUUACGAGUAAAAAUACAGAUCUAUUUAUGUUUGUGUUAAACCGGCCGCCAAGCUCUCGACGAAACUUCUGAAAUUCUGCAGAAAUCGGUUGACCUGCUGGGACUCCAAGAAAUUCAAGAUGAGUAUCGAUUUCAACAGUCCCAUCAUCCAGGAACAGAUGAUGCAGCAGCAGGCAAAGAAAUGUCACAACGGGUCGAUGACGAAUCAAGGCUGGUGCCCGGAAAUCUGGGACGGAAUUCUUUGCUGGCCGUCGACAUCCCCGAAUGCAGUUUCCACCCUGAUUUGUCCGCAUUACAUAGCAGGCUUUGUUCCGGCAAAUGCAACGAGAUCUUGCAUGGCCGAUGGAAACUGGUUUUGGAACGCAGAUACCAACAGUACGUGGAGUAAUUACACUCAGUGUUACAGCGCUCCCCUUGUUAAGGUCUUGAUGGACCUUCCCACCCACCACAGCAACGUCACUCUGUCCGGGAAAUACAUUUCCGUCGUCAAGACUAUCUCCGCCGUCGGAUACUCUGUCUCUUUGUCAACUUUGAUUGUCGCAUUCUGCAUCCUGGCAACGAUCAAGAAAUUGAGAUGCCCGAGGAACAUGUUGCACAUGCAUCUGUUUGCGUCGUUCAUGACGCGGGCCUUCAUAGCUAUAUUAAAACACCCGAUAUUCCCUAAUGGCAUCGGGUUGUCUUCGGACGUCCUGGUUACCGGUGACGAAAGUUACUGGCUGGCAGAUGCGGCUGAAAGCAAUUGGCAGUGCAAAGCGUUUACGAGUGUUUGGCAGUAUUUCAUACUGGCGAAUUAUUCUUGGAUAUUGAUGGAGGGCCUCUACUUACACAACUUGGUAUUUCUUGCGCUCUUUACGGAUUCGAAUUCGAGCAUCGCUGGAUACGUCAUUCUGGGAUGGGGAUUACCCGCUAUUUUUGUCCUUCCCUGGGUCGCGGUCAGAGCUGCGUUGGAGGAUACGUAUUGCUGGACGACGCAUAUAAAUCCUCUUCUAUUUUUAAUAAUCCGAGUGCCCACAAUGCUCUCCAUAUUGAUAAACUUUGUGCUGUUUAUCAACAUCGUACGAGUGCUUUUGUCGAAACUGAGGUCUACAGUCUCAGAGGAGACGCAGAGAUACAAACGCUGGGCUAGAAGCACUUUGGUACUUGUUCCACUUUUCGGUGUCCAUUACACCGUGUUCUUAGGGAUGUCUUAUGGAAUCGCGUCAAACGAGGUGGUGGAAACGGUCUGGCUUUUCUGUGACCAACUCUUCGCGUCUUUCCAGGGAUUCUUCGUCGCCGUUCUGUAUUGUUUUCUCAACGGAGAAGUACGAGCUGAAGUUUCGCGAACUUGGAGGGGUAGAAAAUGGCCCCGUUUCCACCGUGGACGUUGGGGACCAAGACCAUCGACGCAAUCCUGUAGCACCUGUAGCGGCAACGCUAUAAAAUUGAACAAAAAACCAAAAAAUACCAAAUGGUGGAACGAACCUUGGACAUGUUGUUGCUGCACAAGGCGAUCAAGCGUCAACCGCUCGACUCACAGCAUGGCGAGUACGCAAGACGUAGAAACGAGAGGAUGUAGUCUGGCUAGCAGCCGAGGUUACCUUGAGGUCGCAGGUACAGGAACAGGAAGUCGGAGUCAGGCAAAUUUGCACAUGUCCCCGUUGUGUAGCAAAUAUACGGAUCAGUCGCUUUUGUCGUUCUGUUCAAACCUAUCCGAAAUGUCCGCCUGCGGGAUGGCCCAGGCGGUAGAAAAAGGUGAUAAAAUUCGAGAGCAGCACAGAUGGAGUGACUCGGAAUGUUGUCAUCUGGCUUACGAAUUGCAUAGUCUUCAAAAAAACGCGCAUCCGUAAUAAAUUAAUUGGAAACAAUGGUAAUUGAACGAUUUGAAAAAAUUCACCGCGUGUAAUCGCGUCUGUUGUGACACAAGUAUAAUGAAAACUGUAGGGAUGCACGAUGCUGUUUGUACAAAAUCUUGUAAAAUUUUUGCGAUCGUUGUGAAGUGCAACAUAUCAUCCGACCGAACUUUGAUCUACUAUUCGUCGCACCAUUAAUUAUAUUUCACUGAGAAUGCGUAAAAAUGAAUAUAUCCAGUAUUAUUUUCGGAUAAGUUCUUCUGAAGAGGUGAAUUAUAACAUGGAACGGUUUCUGUUCGCUAUGUACUAUGUUGUCUCUCUAUGUGAAAUAUUCACGAUGAAGAUGAAGAAUUGAUUUUUACUUUGUAUGAGUCGCAUGGGUAUGGGAUAUGAUAUCGUGGAAUUGGCAUGCGGAAAGUGUAAUUCCAGGAAUGGAAACGCGAGGAAAAUCGCGUUCUAUGGAGUGGGUGUAUGUCGAGAAUAAUAGAAAUACGAACGUACCUUUUGAAAUUUCAUUCUAAUAUUUCGUUAGUCAAGCAAAUUCUUCGUUUUUGUAUAUUUAGAGGCAGUAUUUUGAUAUUGAUGGAAUACCGAAAGAGGAUAAUAUAUUUAUAUAUGUAUAGGUAUAAGAUAAAGCUAUAUUUAUAUAGUGUAAGUAUAACUUUAGAGGAUGUAUUAAAAAAUUGAGUAUUCGACACAGUCGGUUUAUAUCAUUGGUACCUCGACGCAUACUUGUCAUAAUAUUUUAAGGAAAUAGAUACUGUACCUAUAUGCAAAUUUAUACAUAUAUUUUAAAUAUAUCCCUCGUAUAGAAACGAGCGGUAGAUACGCCGUGUAAGAUUGUUUCGAAUCAUGAUAUACUUUAUACGAUGUUAUUGAAAUUUACCUUUACUUACCACGGAAUUUGGAGUAAAAAAAUCGAUGUUAAAAAAAUGAAUUGUGUAUACCUCAUUAGCUCUCUAAUAUGUGUUAACCAUUAAACAUAUGAAUUUGUGAACAUGUUCGAUGUAAUGAAAUGUAUAAGACAACGCAGUAUGUCAAUCGAUUAAUAAAAUUGAACAACUGACAUGCUUACGUAAAAAA